CGGGCCAUGGGGCGGGGCCAGGGACGGCCAUGGCGACGGGCGGCGGCGGAGCCGGGCCUGGUCCCGGUCCCGGUCGCGGUCUCGGUGGCGCUGCCAGCGGAGCCGGCGGCCGGCGGGGCCCGGGGCUGAUUUGGGCUGAAAAGAAGAGGCUGAACAAAGGGACAGAUGUGGUGGAGAAGAGAGGUCCAUACAUCAUGAGCAAACCUCCCUCCAUUCAGGCCAAGCUGAAGAGGCAGCGGGAGCUGGCAAAGGCAGCGCUGCGAAGGCAGGGGCUGCUGGGGGCACCCACUGCCCUGAAACCAACUCCUAAAAGGUCUGUGAAGUUCAACAAGGGCUACACGGCGCUCAGCCAGACAGCUGAUGAAAACCUGGUCUCCCUUGACUCAGACAGUGAUGGGGAACCGGGAUCCAGGUGUUCCUCGGGAUACUCCUCCGCUGAGCAGGUGACCCAGGACCUGAGCCGGCAGCUGCUGCAGGACGGGUACCACCUCGACGAGGUCCCCGAUGACGAAGACCUGGAUCUCAUCCCCCCAAAACCUGCUGCCUCCUCUUCCUGCCCCUGCUGUUUUGGAGAAAAUCUCUCCUGUGUGAUCCAGUAGCUGCACAAGAACAGGUCAAAAUCCAGCACUUUCUUUGUCCCGUGGGAUGGCUGCUGGGUGUCCGGGUCCCACGCCAGGACGGUGACACAAGGACUGAACGAUGCUGCUCGUGGCAGAGACCAACUGACUCCAAAAGACUUCUCCUUACACUCAGCAAUAUCAGGGGGAGGUGGCACAGUGACAGUUUGGUGACCUGCACGGGACCUGGCACUUGGCUGGGGCGGGAAGGGAGGACAGGCAGGGCCUGGCACCUCCACAGGGCUAUAAAGGGAAGGAUUUGGGAGUUUCUGGGGUUGGAGCUAAUGGCUUAUUCCCAUUCUCCUCAACGCUGCUUUGAUGCAGGUGAGGCACAGCACAAGCCCCCCCGUCCCAGCUCUGCACAGGGCUUGGAUUUGGGGGGCUGGAGCCUCCCUGCUGCAAACCACAAACGCUGCCUUAAACCAUGGUCUUGCUGUAUGACAUAGAGGACAAUCAGCUUCUUAUACAGAAACCUUAUUUAAAUAUUUCAUGUCAACAGACAUGAACUGGUUGGGUGGGGGGCAUGUUUGUUUUUGUAUUUUACUUGUAAAAGGGAGCACUCAAUAAACUGGAUCUCAUUACUCAGAA